CAGGGCGGGGGCGUGCCCGAGAUGCGCGCUGCGCAAGGCUGCUUGUUGUUCCCGCAGAGAGGCGAGAAGAUGGCGGCCGUGUCAAGCGGAGGUGCUGCUGGGUCCACUGCGGCCGGGAUUACGCACUCUGCCCGACCGACCCACGCAGGCAUGGGCUCCCAGAACCGAGCCCAGCCAUCCUCCGGGAUCAGCCACUCCAGUCGUACCAGCACGGCCACUGGGUGCAUCACCAAUCCUGGCCACACUUCGGCCACCAGGCCCCCCCCAGCCCGAGUGGGCCACUACGAAAUCGAGCGGACCAUCGGCAAGGGAAAUUUCGCGGUUGUCAAACUAGCCACACACAUCAUUACCAAAGCAAAGGUGGCUAUAAAAAUAGUGGAUAAGACCCAGCUGGAUGAUGAGAACCUGAAAAAGAUCUUCAGAGAGGUGCAAAUCAUGAAGUUGCUGAAGCACCCCCACAUCAUCCGCCUCUACCAGGUGAUGGAGACAGAGAGGAUGAUCUAUCUGGUAACAGAGUAUGCUAGCGGUGGAGAGAUAUUUGACCACUUGGUGGCUCAUGGGCGUAUGGCAGAAAAGGAUGCUAGGAAGAAGUUCAAGCAGAUUGUUGCAGCAGUCCAUUUCUGUCACUGCCGCAACAUUGUACACAGAGACUUAAAGGCAGAGAAUCUGCUGCUGGACCACAACCUCAACAUCAAAAUUGCAGAUUUUGGCUUCAGUAACAUGUUCUCUCGAGGCCAGCUUUUAAAAACAUGGUGUGGUAGUCCUCCCUAUGCUGCACCUGAACUCUUUGAGGGCAAAGAGUACGAUGGACCUAAAGUAGAUAUAUGGAGCUUAGGUGUGGUGUUGUAUGUAUUGGUGUGCGGCGCCCUGCCUUUUGACGGCAGCACUCUACAAAAUUUGCGGGCGCGUGUCCUCAGUGGCAAGUUCCGCAUCCCCUUCUUCAUGUCCACAGACUGUGAGUACUUGAUCAGACACAUGUUAGUGCUGGAGCCCAGUAAACGGUUGACCAUGGAGCAGAUCUGUAAGAACAAGUGGAUGAGACAAGGAGACCCGGACCCAGAGUUCGACAGGCUGAUAGCGGAGUGUGAGCAGGUGAAGACGGAGAGAGAGACGGAGCUCGUCCUUGAGCAGGUGCUGACAGCCAUGUCUGAGAUGGGCCUGGACAGAGAGCGCACACUGCAGUCCCUACAAACAGAUGCAUACGAUCACUUCAGUGCCAUUUACAGUCUGCUGGCUGACCGCCUCAAAAAACACAAGACCUUGCCUGUUGCCCUACCUACACCGCGCUCCAUUAGCUAUCCUCUUAACGCUGUACAGCAGACGGAUCCGCAGGGUAAUCCCGUCAGCAUGACUGUUCCCCAUGUCCAGCUCAUCAACCCAGAGAACCAGAUUGUUGAGCCCGAGGGCAGCAUGUCACUGGACAGUGAUGAAGGAGAAGAGCCCUCUCCCGAGGCCAUGGCUCGCUACCUGUCGAUGAGGCGGCACACUGUGGGUGUACCCGACCAAAGGACAGAGAUGCAGGAGGACCUCCAGAAACUGCCACCAGGUUUCCCUCGUGGUGCCGUGCCCCAGCCUCCCUUCCCCCCACUCGCCCCCACAAUGGGCCAAAUGCACACUCUCAUGCCCACACAGAGUUUGCAACCCACACAGCAGCUAGAGUACAAGGAGCAGUCCUUGCUGCAACCCCCUACCUUGCAGUUGCUCAAUGGAAUGGGGCCUCUUGGUAGAAGAGCAUCUGAUGGCGGGGCCAACAUUCAAUUACACGCUCAACUCCUUAAGAGGCCCCGGGGGCCCUCACCACUUGUCGCCAGCCCGCACCCCAUCCCUGCAGUAGCUCCAGUGGAUGAGGAGGGUUCGGAUGGAGAACCAGACCAAGAGGCAGUACAGAGGUACCUGGCGAACCGCUCCAAGCGGCACACGACGCACGCGCUCACGAGCACAUCGCAUGGCGAGCCCUCGGCAGAGUCACAGCGGCCCCAGGGCCCCCGCCAGAGGGGGGGCUGGGCCCCCGACACACACACCCGAUCCAGCUAUAAGGACUGUAACACCCUUCAUCUCCCCAUGGAGCGCUUCUCACCUGUCAGACGGUUUUCUGAUGGCGCUGCCACCAUCCAGGCAUUCAAGGCUCAUUUAGAGAACAGCAGCUUGAUCAAGCAACUCAAGCAGGAGUGUGAGCAGCUCCAGAAAAUGUAUGCUGCCCAGCAGGAUGAGCGAUUACUGGAACACACCCAGCAGCAGCAUGUCCUUUACCAGCAAGAGCAACAAAUCCUCCACCAGCAAAUCCAGGGUCUGUCUUUAGGCCAUGGAGAGAGCCAGCCCAGUCACCUAACCCACCAGCUUCAGAGGUUGCGUAUCCAGCCCUCCAGCCCUCCGCCAACACAUCCCAGCAACCACCUCUUCAGACAGCCCAACCAGAGCCCUCCGUCUGGCUCUGCAGGCAUAAUGCAAGGGCAUGGUCCGCCGUCAGUGCAGUACCAGCACGGUACUCCUGCGCUGUAUCAGGGCCAGAGUGGCAGCCCACCUCCCACAGGCCUGCCACGAGUCUCUCUACCAACCAAUCAACAAGCAGCAUCUGCUCGUCCCACUGUCCCAUUGGCACAGGGUGUACCUCAGCAACAGCAGGUGACCAUUCAGGUUCAGGAAGUGGAGCUUGGAGGUGGUGCACAGAGACAGGGCAGCUUUUUGUCCACACCAGGGGGACACAGAGUCCUUGGGAAGCAGCUGAGUGCAGACAACGCAGAGUCGCACAGUCGCAGCCUUGGCCGCUUCACAUCGGGCUAUGACCAGGCUCAGUUCAAUCCCCAUCUCUUCUCUGGUGACGCCGCCUCCCGCGGUGCCUCUGGAGUGGUGGGUUCUUACAGCCCCUACUUGCAGGGAGCCUCACUCAAAGUCCCUGGCCUGGAGGGUUACCAGAGCGGAGUGGUGGGGACCAGCAGCUACGGGACCCCCUCUACACUACAGCAGGCCCUACUCUCCCCAACUCCUUUGGACUACCGUCCCCCACAGCAACAUGUCACGCCCACUCUGCAGGGCCUCCUGUCCCCCCGCCACUCUUUAACAGGUCACGCUGACCCCAGACUGCCCCCCCAAGACCUAGCUGCGCUGCUGAAGAGGCAGAGCCCCCGGCCAUGCCAAGCACCCCCCACACCACCCAGUGGUGCACCCCAAGAGUAUGGAGAGAUGCUGCUUCUCCACCAGCUGAGCCAGGGUGAGAGCUUGGAGCCACCAACACCGCAAGGUGCCUCUGGGGGCCAACACUACCACCACCUCCUCCAGAUUCGACCUCCGGAGGUCCAGCCACAGCAGCAUCCGGCCCAGGCAACUUGCCCUAGCUUACCUCAUUCAGAAAGCAUGGAGGAGGAUGAGGUGCCCACUGGCUACCACCACCCACAUGAGGGCCUGCUGUCCAAGGCAGGCGAAGGUCACGAGCUCCUCGGGCCUCCACGAGGGGGCACCCCACCUUACAGCUCCCCUACACACAGGCACGGUGGCUACAUAAGGAAUGCACCAGCAGCUAGAGAGUCUGAACAUGUGGAGUGCAGGCCCACAGGGCAGGCCAUGGAGAUGCCUGAUCAUAACGGCGUGGGCUAUUCGCGAGGUCCCCAGGGUGACACCUAUAGGUCCCGUGGUCAACUACAGCGCCACCACACCAUCCAGACCUGUGACGAUGCCUACGAUCAGGCAGACUCCAUGUCUGGGAUGAGCUUGUUAGCUGGGAAAGCACUAAGCUCCGCUCGCAUGUCGGACAUUCUCAGCCAGACAUCACUGACAGGAAGCCAGCAGCUCCACCAGCGGGAAGAGUCGGUGUGUGACGUCGAAGGGGAGCUUCAUGCAGCCGCCUGUUACCCCUCCUCCUGCACCAGUGACAUGCUCCUCAGCUACAAGCCCCCUGACCUGCAGUACAGCAUGGAGCAGGCUGGGGUCUAGCACAGGACGGGGUGUAUCCUGUGUACAGUGGUCCGUAUCAACCAUCCUGAGUUGUGUUGACUUGAGUUGAGCAGCAUCACGCCAAACCACCGUCGUCUGCCCAAGUGGGGGCGCUCUACGUCCAUCUGUCUGUCUCCACCUGUCCCUGGGAGGGCAGUCUGCGCUAGAGAGGGGUUCAUUGUGGGUGGGUGUUGACAUUAGCAGGGUGGGGGUGAGAGGUGAGGCCUCGGGGUUCAAAAGUCAAAGUGCCAGCAUUUUCUGCACAGACAUCCAGCAUUCAUUGCUGCAGAUUGUUUCUUCUUUUUCUUCACAUCAUAGGUAGAUUGGGAUUCUACUCCUCCCUUGUUUAACUUGACCUGCCCACCCCUACACACUCACACACACACACACACACACACACACGCACUCUCUCUCUCUCCCCCACUGUCCCACCUGCUGUUCUGACCCAACCUCUGCCCCUCACCCUUCAUCUUCUAUUAACUUUUGGCAUACUUCAUUACGUGCCUCAUUGGCCAGCGCAUCGAUAACGUUCUACUUGCAAGAACAUAGAGUCCAACAACACAAACAUACAAACUGCUACCACAAACCCAAAGUAUUCACAUUAGGUGUGAGUGUGUGCGUGACUGAGAGGAAGAGGUGAGUGGAGGGGAAGGUGUCUGUGAGGUUCAGCCUGCUCCUCCGCCCGCCACCCCACGUCCCGCCCCCACUCCCGCUGUCCGGCAGCAGAUCAUUCCGGAGUGGGCUGAAGUCUCAGCAGCAGCAGCCCCCUUUUCGGCCGGGUGGCUGAUGUUUUGGGUCAACAGAACCGCUCUCUCCAAAGAUGGAGUACAGUGACAUCGCACAGGACAAACCAGCUCUCUCAUUGUUUGUUUGUUUGUUUGUUUUCUGGCUUUCAUUUUCUUAUUUUGUUUCAUUUUAAAAUUCAUUUUUACGGCUAAUGUCCAUGUAGGCAUUAUGGUCAAUAUUGUUACUCUUAUUGUUGAUUACUGUUUUCUGUAACAGAGGUUUUAUUAUAAUGAUUAUUAUUGUUAUUAUUAUUAUUAAAUGAAAAACAGUUCUGUGUUGCAAGGAAGACAACAUUGUUCUUUAAUUACUUAAGUAAUUCUGCACUUUCAGUUCAAGCUAUUCUCUCUCUCUGUGUUUCCACCCCUCCUCGCAGUUCCUCACUCUCUGUCUCCCCCCACCUCCUGCAGCCCUAACUAUCCCCACCUUGUGUUACCUCUUUUCUCCAUUCUCCUUUCCCGUAUCAGUGACGGUGUAUUGCAUUGUGGGUAGUUUUACCAGACAUUUGAUCCUUUCCUUGUACAGUGAUGCCAUGUAUAGCUAUUGCAAUUUCUGUAUCAAGUCUCUUCUUUCUUUGUUACUUUUUUGGUUUUGUUUUUUAGAUGUUGCUGGGGAGGCUUUUUAUAUUGGUAUUGUUUAUCAUUUGUAUUUUUGGAUGUCUUCAAAUGUUUUCUUUUUUUUGUUUUAUGAAUCUUGAGAUUUCUAGCCAAAAGAGGACAGAGAGAAGAGAGACAGUGCUCUCUCUGUGUCGGAAAAAAGAUUGUUCUUAUUUGUUUUAAUAUUAUUAUAUCGAGACACUUGAAUAAGAGGAGAGUAAUUAUUUUGUGUUGCUUUUUAAAGUAUCAUUUCAAUUGAUGUUGUGACUGUCAUUCUUGUUGAUGUUGGGCCUGUUUUCUGUUGAUGAGGUAGUUGUGGCAUAUACAGGGUCAGGCAAUGGGCUUUGUCUGGGUUGGUUUGGGUGCUACAGAGACUUGACACUCUUUGGAAAAAAAAAAAAAAAAAAGAAAAACGAGGGAAUAACUUGUAAAAUAGCUGACAUAUCAUCCAAAACAUCACAAGUAUGGAGACGGACAAAUCCACUUCUCUCAUUCUCUUGCUGCCCUGCCUAUCUGUUGUGAUCCUCCCUCCAUAUUUUACUACAUCGGCCUCUGAUCGGACGACUCUUUACAGAUAUGGUCCCCUCCUGCCAAACUAACCUUGUCGCUAUGGCAGCCAAGGAGGAAACAGCUGUUACCCAACUCCCUGUCCCCCUCCUUCGGUUUUCUUCAACUCAGCCCGUUUCGGCCACGUGUUCUCCCACCCAAAACUGGAACUGAAGAUGGGAGGCUGCGUUUCAUAAACAGUCGAUGGAUCUUACUGUAGUUGGAUACACGGGGAUGCACCUCCAAACCAUAAAAGGGAAACAUUUCAGGAGGUGACCAUUGGAAUGAACUGUUUAAAUUGGACUUCCACUUUAGAGGAAUUAUAAGGUUGUGACCAGAGAGAGGCAGGGUGUGAUCACAUUUAAUAUGUCCACCAAGGUUUGUGUCUGAAGCUGAGCUAGGCUCAAGCACAGCCAGAUGGAGGUUACAGCACACUGGGGACCACAGCAGAAGGUUGAUCCCGUUUGUAAUUUUUAUUGUUUGACCUCUAUUUAUCCUCCCAUAUACGAUACCCUUAGAUGUUGAGUCUAUAAUGGGCUAGCAAGAGACUGUGGUGCAAACAAUAAAGCUCCACUUGUAUGUGUUUAUAAUGGCCAGUUUUCACAAUUCCUGGCUGCACGGUUGACUUUUCUUAUGCUAUGUACAUCUGAGAACUGUAGAUGGUGUCAUACAGCGCCUGUGCUUUCCAUUUGCACCACGUCACUUCCUGUUUACCAACUUUCACUCUUUGUCAGAGCAGGUGGUAUUAGCUUUAGCAGUAAAUCGGAAUUUCUUAAACAACAGUGCAAUACAGGAGUGAGAGUGGGCGGUUUUCAUGAAAUUAACUCUGUUUUCUGUUUCUUACCAAACUGAGUUGGUGUGUCAUCAGGCAGAAGAAGCUUGUUUCCUUUCCAUUCAGUUCUCAUUCACUCCUCUUUCAGAUCCACCCUCCUUUUUUCUCGCAUUGUUUACACCAAGCCAAAACUGAGAUCUGGAAAGGAAAGGAAUUGAGUACUUUGUAGGGAAUUGGAGAGGAAACGGCUUGAAUGGAAGACAUGUCUUUAAUCCCAUGGCAGAAACUCUAAAAUUAAGACCAGAGGCUCCACUUUGUCUAAUGUCGUGUCCAGCACCAGAGCUGUUGUUUGGGGUAAGAGCAGAGGCGCACAGGAAGGGACAGCUCAAGUGAAUGGAAAGCACGGCAGAUGAUUCAGAGGUAAUAGGGAGGAGAGCGCUGUUUCACACACAUCUUCUGCCUGAUCAGACUGACUCUCAAACUCCCCCUCUUUCUUCUGUCUAACUCUUCCACCCCUCCCCCUCGUCUUUUCUCACCAUCCCAGCCUCCCCGCUCAGCAAGCCAGCUCUCUGCUCUACUCCUGUUUCUUAGGUUCAUUUUUGUUUUCUAUCAGUUCUUUUGUCUUUUUUUUUUUUUGUUUUUAUGUUCAUUUCUGUUGAGUACAAAAAUACUAAAGUGCAACAAUUAAAAAAGAAUAUCAACCAAACUGAGAUGAAUAAAUAAAUAUAUAUAAAUAAAGAAAUAAUUUAAAAAG